ACGGCUACAGAUGGGAAUAAAAAGAAAAAAAAAAACCGAUGUCAGUUCGUGGCCGGUGAACGUGGAAUUUCCAAUGACACACUGACAACACUCUCUCUCUCAUUGUCACCAUUUGGAACAAAAGUCUUAGCGUUUGAAUUGCAAUUCCUUCUUGUUGUUGUUCGUGCCUGGAGAAAAAAAAAAUUAUGAAAUUGAAAUGAGAAAAAAGAAAGAAAGAAAGAAGGCAGGAGGAGGAAAAAAGAACAUUCUUUUUUGCUUUCUGGUUCCUAAUUCUUGUACCCAUAUGACUUUUCCCUUCUCCUUCUUCCUCUUUUUCCUUUUUGCUGGUUUUUUACCUGUCAAUUGUAAAUCUAAUUCCACUCUUACCCCUAUCAAUCGAGAUCUCUACCAUUCAAGCCUUGAUUUGUUGGAGCAGAUAAAGGCAUUGGUUCAUCGCCACCCAGACAAGCUCACUGUUGAGACGAUUAAAACAGAAAACAAAGGUUACGAAGCACAGAUCACAGUAGUUACUUAUUGCAGGAGCAGAAAAGAAAUUGAUGACAGGUCAAAGUUUCGGAUUCUUCUUAGUUUUGGGCAGCAUGGGAGGGAGCUCAUUACAUCAGAACUUGCACUGCGGAUCUUGUCUAUCUUAAGCGAAGAACAGUUUCUUCCCAAUAUAAGUCCAACUUCCCUAAAUAGUACUCUUGACAAGCUUGUUAUAAAGGUUAUUCCUAUGGAAAAUUUGAAUGGCCGAAUACGUGUUGAAGAAGGAGAGCUUUGUGAGAGAAGAAAUGGAAGAGGAGUUGAUCUCAACCGAAAUUGGAGUGUUGAUUGGGGCAAAAAAGAGAAGGAUUAUGAUCCAUAUGAAGAGAAUCCUGGAACUGCUCCUUUCAGUGAGCCUGAAACUCAAAUAGUGCGGAAACUUGCCUUAUCAUUUGAUCCUCACAUCUGGGUUAAUGUGCACUCUGGAAUGGAGGCUUUAUUUAUGCCAUAUGACCACAAGAACACAACUCCUGAUGAAUCACACUCCUGGCAGAUGAGGUCGUUGCUUAGUGAACUAAAUGAAGCCCAUUGUCACAAGCGUUGCAUGAUUGGUUCAGGGGGAGGUUCUGUUGGGUAUCUUGCGCAUGGGACGGCAACAGAUUACAUGUAUGACAUUGUAAAAGUUCCUAUGGCUUUCACGUUUGAGAUUUAUGGAGAUGAGACAGCCUCAUCAAAGGACUGCUUUAAAAUGUUCAAUCCUGUAGACCUCACUACCUUCAAUAGAGUGCUGAAUGAUUGGUCUGCGGCGUUUUUCACGAUAUUUAGAUUGGGACCGCUCCAACGGGGUGAUGACGGAUCAAACUCAAAGGCCUCCAAGUCCAGUUUGGACAAAUGGGUGUCCAUAGACGAAUAUCUUGAUGGGUACUUAAUGGAGAGGAGAAAUAGAUAUGGGAAGAAGAUGGAGGUGCUUGAUCUUGGGAUGCAGGAGAUACGAACUUAUUUUAGACUCUUCUUGCUAUCCUCUGUUUUAUUGUUGUUCAUGUUCUGUUCUAGAAUUUCCAAAGGCAAGUCUAGUAGACCUAUCGUUUCGCCCAUUCCCCUUUGACCAAGUUACACAUAAUCCUAUAUCUGCAAGAUAAAAAGAAAAUAUGUACUUUACAUUCUCGAGAGAAGAGAAGAGAAGAUGUGAUUUCUUUUAUUUGUGUAAUUAGAGUGGCUUUUUUUCCUUGCUAUAGUGCAAUAGGUUUGCCUUCGAUGAAUUGCAUUGACGGUAUUGCAAUUUCAAAGGCCUGUGGUUUGCAGCAGUAAUACUUGCAGCAUUGUGCCCCUUUAAUUUAUUGUUUCUUCAAAUCCGGCACUACUGCCCCAAUAUUGCUGAAUUGAAAUUGUUAUUUCUUGAA